AUGGUGCUUGUGUUAAAGUCACCCGAGAGUAACCAAAGGCUACAUCACAAAGCCUACGUCAUUCACCGCCUUCAGCCCAUCCUGGAGGCACUCUGUGUCAUCUCACACCAGCGCAGGAAGGAGCUCAUUGGUUCCUCUCUUGAGAUUCCAUCAGUCAUGGGCCAGGGAGGCACACAGAAGCCCCUCUAUGUGCUCCAGCAGCGGGAAUGGGCUGCAUGUGAUCCUCUGUGUCCCCCUUCAUCAGGGUCUGUGCAGGAGCGGCCAGGCUAUGAGCUCCGAGUGCAGAAUUCUGUGACGGUGCAGGAGGGUCUGUGUGUCCACGUGCCUUGCUCCUUCUCCUUCCCCUGGAGUUCAUGGUCUUCCUCUAGCAAACUCUACACCUACUGGUACCGGCACAGGCACAAUGAAAACUAUGCUGAACUUGUGGCCUCAAACGACCCGAAUAAACCACCGGAGGAAGAAACAAAAGGUCGCUUCCUCCUCACGGACACCACGACCAACAACUGUUCCCUGCAAAUCAGAGACGCCAGGAGGAGUGACACAGGACACUACGUCUUCCGAGUGGAAAUAAUAUAUUCUCCAUAUGUGUUCCAAGGUUAUAGUUACCAAGAUAGGAAGCUGGAUUUGCAGGUGACAGCCCUGACAGAGGAACCCCACAUCUGUAUUCCGGAGCCUCUGGAAUCCGGCCGCCCCACACAGCUCACCUGCAGCCUGCCAGGGACCUGUAAAGGGGGACGACCUCUCACCUUAUCCUGGGCGGGAGCCGCUGUGGACUCGUUGGCCUCUCAGAACCUCAGCUCCUCAGUGCUCACCUUCACCCCGAGGCCCCGGGACCAUGGCACCAACCUCACCUGUCAGGUCCAAGUCCAAGGAUCUUUGGUGGCCACACAGACAACCAUCUGGCUCAAUGUCUCCUAUGCUCCUGUGUUGAUGAUCAGGCUUUCCCAGGGAAUCAGCACAGGUAGGAGCCAUUCCCUCCUCUCUGGGGAUGAAGGGGGCGGGGCCUCUGCCAGCUCAGGCUCAGGGCCUGGAGCAGGGUCACUGUCUCUUGAGCCACCUUCUGUGUUCCUCUCCCCAGCCCUGAAGACUGUGAGCAACCACACGUCCCUGUCUGUCCUGGAGGGCCAGUCCCUGCUCCUGGUCUGCGAGGCUGACAGCAACCCUCCUGCCAUGCUGAGCUGGUCCCAGGAGGGGAGACCCCUGAGCCUGCCCCAGCUCUCGGCUCCCGGAGUCCUGGAGCUGCCCCAUGUGGGGGCUGGAGAUGGAGGGGAGUUCACCUGCCGGGCUCAGCACCCGCUGGGCUCCCAGUAUGUCUCCUUCAGCCUCUAUGUGCAGAGCAGCAUGCACUCUUGCAGAUGUGUGGCAGAGGAGCAGCAGGGCUCCUGGCCCUGGGUGAUCACCCUGAUCAGAGGGUCCCUCAUGGGGGCUGGCUUCCUCCUCACCUACGUGCUCACCUGGCUCUACUACACCAGGUGUGGAGCCCCCCAGAACGUGAUGCAGAGCUCCUGAUGGAUCCUCCCUUCAUCUCAAGAUGGGACUGAGGUGUGGGCAUCUGGCUAGAGGGACCGUCCUGGAAUGUCAAUGUCACCUUCUCCUUGGAAACUCUUCAAUCAACUGUCUCACAUGGACCCUUGGGGUUUCAGCUUGUGGAAGUGACUGAGUGAGGAAAAUAAGAGUA